AUGUCGGGCAUCACCAACCCGCACCCGAGUCCCAAUGAAGAAUACGCUGAAUAUCCCCUACCAAUCAUUGUCACCUCAGAUCGACACAGCCUAGAGCGCGAAGCCACUGCCGACGCCCGCCAAUACGAUGUCGGGCUCGAAGCCGGCCUCCAAGCCGAGGCCGAGCCCGUGCCCGUGCCCGAGAGUCGCAUCCGACCUUCCCAUCGUGUUCGAUUCCGCUCAUUGAGUCUCCGCCGAAACGAAUUGCCUGAAGACCCUUCAGAGCGCCCAUUGUUGCCGCCCGCAGACGUCGAUGUCCCGCUCGCCGGAACCAUCACCCCGCCGGCCGCCGCACAUUCCCGCCAAGGCUCCGGUCUUUCCAGUGUGCGCUCACCAGAAGAGUUUCCAGAGUCUGAAAAACAUGAUUUCGCUCCGACUAUGGACCGCACAACCUCCGCCAGGGAGCGUUUCAGAGCAGCUGGUCACCUGCUGCACCAAAAGACCCAGCGUUUGACCGAGCGCCUCGGUCGCCCGCCUGAUGAGGGCGAGGCCCUGAGCGCAUCGUACAUUCCGGACGAUUUUGACAGCGGCAUUCCCCUGGAGGAACUGCAAGCUCGCCGCGCGAAACAUGACGCCGACCGUGCCCGCGCGCUCGAAAAUGGCGAGGACCUCAUUGAGCCGCCCGCUAGCGCUGAGGCUCACCGUCUGGUCCGCCAUAUGACCAUGGUCCAGGACCAGCUACGCCAGCGCAAGCCCAAGAGUGCGUAUCAGCGUUCCGGGCAGACGACUCCGGAGAACUUGUUCAAAGGUUUCGCGCAGCGUCGACGAUCCAGCGGUCUCAGUGGAGGCAGUGGCAUCCUGUCGCAGCUGCUGAAGUUGCAGGCGACGCAGACAGGGAGCUCGUCGCGCGCCGAAAGCGUCAUUACCGAUGACUCGGAUAGCGAGACGCAGGUUUCCUCUGGCGUCAACACGCCCAGGAAAGGAUCCUUGUCUCCGUUGAUCACGCCGUCCGCCCCGACGUCCGGGUCUGCGACACCACGCAAGGAGAAGCUGAAAUGGUACAAGAAGCCCUCCCACCGGUCUACUUCGUCGCUUGUCAAUGCGUCUAUGAAUUUGAGCAGUGCUAGCUUGCCUGGUGCUGUGGAUGCCGCGGCCGGUCUGCCGAGCAAGCGCAAGAAGAAUAAGCGCAAGACACGUCUGGAGGAUGAGAUCCGCGUCACCGUCCAUAUCGCUGAGAUUAUCGCUCGUCAGAGAUAUAUCAUGCAGCUAUGUCGCGCCCUCAUGCGGUACGGAGCUCCGACGCACCGUCUCGAGGAGUAUAUGCAAAUGACGGCGCGUGUGCUCGAAGUCUCCGGACAGUUCUUGUAUCUUCCUGGCUGUAUGAUUAUGUCCUUUGACGAUCCGACCACCCGCACCGCAGAGGUCAAGCUUGUUCGCAUGGUGCAGGGUGUCGACCUCGGUCGGCUGGCCGACACGCACAACGUCUACAAGAACGUCGUUCACGAUCUAAUCGGUGUGGAGGAAGCCACACAUGAACUCGACGAGAUCAUGCAGCGCAAGCCUCGUUUCAACAAAUGGAUCCUCGUUCUCAUGUACGGGCUAGCCAGCUCGACCGUCGGUCCAUUUGCCUUCCAAGCGCGCCCAAUUGACAUGCCUAUCAUCUUCUGCUUGGGUUGUAUCGUCGGACUGAUGCAACACGUCCUCGCACCCAAAUCCACUCUCUAUUCCAACGUCUUCGAAGUCACAGCCGCAGUACUGACCUCAUUCCUCGCCCGCGCCCUCGGCAGCAUCAAAGUCGUGCGCGGCGGCGAAACCGAAGAACUCUUCUGCUUCUCCGCAAUGGCCCAAUCAUCCAUCGCCCUGAUUCUCCCUGGUUUCAUGGUUCUCUGCAGCAGUCUAGAACUCCAAUCCCACCAAAUGAUCGCCGGCUCCAUCCGCAUGGUCUACGCAAUCAUCUACUCCCUCUUCCUCGGCUACGGCAUCACGGUCGGAACAACCAUUUACGGCCUAAUGGACAAAACCGCUACAUCUCAAACAUCCUGCUCAGGCCUAGACGUCUACGGCUCAACCUACCUCCGCCAAUUCCCCUUCGUCGCAAUCUACGCCGUUUUCCUCGCGAUCGUCAACCACGGCAAAUGGAAACAAAUGCCCGUUAUGGUCUUCAUUGCCGUAUCCGGCUACAUAGCCAAUUAUUUCAGCACAACCAAGCUGGGCUCGCAAUCCGAAGUUGCAAACACCGUCGGCGCAUUUACAAUUGGUGUUCUGGGCAAUUUGUACAGUCGCGUGUGGCACGGUCAUGCAGCCACUGCGAUUCUCCCCGGUAUCUUUGUCCUCGUUCCAUCCGGUCUUGCUUCUAGUGGAUCUUUGAUCGCUGGUAUCAAAUAUGCCGAUGAGGUUCGAAACAACCUUGAUAAAAAUGGGACUAGUUCCUCCACCAGUGCGCUUUCCGAGACUUCCGUUGCUAGUUUGGGUUUCGGUAUGAUUCAAGUCGCUAUUGGCAUUACUGUUGGUCUCUUUAUUGCUGCCUUGGUCGUUUAUCCAUACGGAAAGAAGCGUACUGGUUUGUUCAGCUUCUAG